CAGUCGUGGCGCUAUAGUUCUGCCACCGUAAAAGCCUGAGAACGAGGAGUGUAAGCCUACCGCAGAACAUAGGAGACGUUUUACUUUACCACAUCUCGACUCGUGAGCUGACCGUUUUAAAGAUAUCAUGUUCGUUUGAGGGAGAAAGCGGAUUCCACACUGAUGUUACGGCCCUACAGUACCUGAGGCAGUGGAAAUCUGGGGAGACGAGCAUCCACAGGAGAUCCAGUGAGAGGGAAGAGGGCGUCCAGAGAACCAGGGCCUCCGGACCCACUCAGAGCAAAGCAGCAGCACAGUAGGGAUGAGCGAGUUCUGGCACAAGAUUGGUUGCUGUGUGGUGGCCAAACCUCCACCGAGGAAGAAGCGCAGGAAAAUCGACCGCAGCAUGAUCGGCGAGCCCACAAACUUUGUCCACUUGACACACAUUGGCUCUGGGGAGAUGGCAGAGGGCCGGGCCCCGUCGGGGCCGGUCCAGGAUAAGAUGAGGUCAAAAGGACCCAGUGCCAACGGCCGCAAGAGCAUGUUAUAGCUGCUGCCUACCAAGCAUGGAGAACCAUUUCCAUCCUCCUCUAUGCGCCCCUCUCAUCCCAAAUCAAAAGCAGUCACUGCAGCGUAACCUGUUUCCAAUGGAGCACUUGGCAAACCUGAGAGCGGACCCUAAUAGAGAGCAGAGAGGCUCUUCCUGACGUCUGCAGGAUCUAUUUAGCCAAACAGGACGAUGGCCUUUCUGUGGUCACCACAAGAAUCGCCCUGCUCAGAGGAGGAUAGACUGACGUGUUUUUUAUGCUUUUUAAAGAAAGGUAUUUGUCUUUCUGAUGGACUUUGGACUUCCACUGUAUUUCAGCCAACAAUGUUACUGUGUCUGUGCCAGCAAGCGUAUGGGAUAGAGCCGGUGAGUGUUUAGCUAAAUUUGUUGACUAACAUGGCUGAUUCCAUUUCAGGAAGUGAAGAUUAUGUUCUCAAGGAUCACCUGAAUGUUGCAAACCAUUGACCUACUGCCAAACAAACUAUUUCUGUAUCUGUCUAAUGAAUGAGGAUGCACCUUUUAUUUUCCUACAGUGCAUAGUUAAAGGUGUCUUCGUGUGUGUUUAUAUAAGUGCAAAAUGCUAUGUGAUUUUGUUGCUGUUUAGAUACCAGUACUGAGUAGUGUUAUUUUGAUUGUACCAGUUGCUAUAGAGCCCCAUUUGGACUGCUACCCAGUUGCCAUAGAGCCGCAUUUGGACUGCUACCCAGUUGCCAUAGAGCCCCAUUUGGACUGCUACCCAGUUGCCAUAGAGCCCCAUUUGGACUGCUACCCAGUUGCCAUAGAGCCACAUUUGGACUGCUACCCAGUUGCCAUAGAACCCCAUUUGGACUGCUACCCAGUUGCCAUAGAACCCCAUUUGGACUGCUACCCAGUUGCAAGCAUACAGGUAACUGCCAAAAUAAAGGAAACCCCAACAUAUCAUGUCUUAAUAGGGCACUGGGCACCACGAGCCAGAACAGCUUCAAUGCACCUUGGUAUAGAUUCUACAAGUGUCUGAAACUCUUGGAGGGAUGCUACACCAUUCUUCCAUGAGA